GAAUUAAAUUUACAUUUGUAGGUUUUUAACCUUCUGACAUCGAAGUUUUAUAUAGAUAUUUAAAUUAAUAUAAUAAUUAUUUACAAACUAAAUAAAAUAUUUUCUCGCGGACGUAUUUAAACGAUAUCAAAGUGUAUGUUAAAUGGUUAUUAAGGAGGGAGAUAGGACGACGAUUCGCUUUGGUAAACAACAUGUUUGAGCCACAACAAUAUUUUAUCUCUUUGUGUAACGUUCUAUUAUCGAGAACACCCGUUAUUUUAAUGAUAGAAAUCGACGAAAAUUACUUUCGCGGUUAUGUAAACGAAAAAUUUCAUAAUUUUCAAUUUUUUUUAGGUUUUAAUGUUAUUUAUAAAAAUUAAAUCGGAUCGAUAAUCUAAAAUUAAAUUCAAGUAGGUCGUAUUUGAUAACAUAAAUUUGAUUGUUAAUACCUAUUUAAAGCCAAAACCAAGUCAAAUUUCUUUGUUGUUUUAACGAAUUAAAAGAAUGUUUUUUUUGAUUCUAUUAUCCUACUCGAUUUCGUUGGUUAGUACCCAACAAGAAGGUAUUUUAUUCCCCCAAACAUCCGAAACGAGAGAAACCAUCUCUUUGGACGGCAUUUGGAACUUUGCUGUAGCGCCAAUUUCCGAUCCCCUAAUCGGAUUCCGUCAACUUUGGUACAGAAAGGAUCUCCAAAAGUCUGAUGAUAUUGAAAGCAUUUUGAUGCCGGUACCCUCAAGUUACAACGAUAUAACGCAAGAUCCAAACAUUCGAGAUCAUGUCGGAAUCGUUUGGUACGACAGAACGUUUUUUGUACCAAAAUCUUGGCAAAAUCAAAGGGUUUGGCUCCGAUUUUCUUCAGUUAGUUAUGCAGCACAAGUGUGGAUUAAUGGUCAAUUAAGUAUGAACCAUGAAGUAGGUCAUUUACCAUUUCAAUCAGAAGUUAAUGAUCUUUUAAAUUUUGGCGAAGAAAACCGAGUUACGGUCGCUUGUGAUAACACACUUUUAAGUGAUACGAUUCCCCAAGGAAGUGUUAUAGAAUUAGAUACUGAUGAAGGAACAGUUUAUUCUCAAUCGUACUCAUUUGAUUUCUUUAAUUACGCCGGAAUACAUCGCCCAGUAACUUUGUACACAACCCCAAAAGAUUACAUCGAUGACAUCAUGAUAAAUACAAAAAUAGUUGGAAAAACCGGCUAUGUUUCUUAUAACAUAUCAUAUUUUCCGAAAACUACAUCAGCUAGUUGCAAUGUGAUGUUAAUAUCUCAAGAUGAAAAAGUUGUUGCUUAUAGCACCGACGAUAUUGGAACAUUAACUGUGGAAAAUGCAACUUUUUGGUGGCCGUAUUUAAUGGAUGAGAACCCUGGAUAUUUGUACACUUUAAAAGUAUUUUUGUCCGCUUCCGAUGGAUCACUUUUAGAUGUUUAUCGAUUAAAAAUUGGUAUUCGUGAGUUAUCUUGGUCCAAUACAACGUGGUUAAUAAACGGUAAAAAAUUAUAUCUCCACGGAUUUGGACGCCACGAAGAUUCUGAUAUUCGCGGGAAAGGUUUAGAUUUCCCAACAAUCAUUAAAGACCACAAUUUAAUUAAAUGGAUUGGGGCGAAUGCUUACCGAACGUCUCAUUACCCCUACGCCGAAGAAAUUAUGAAUUUAGCCGAUCAAUUAGGAAUUAUGAUCAUCGAUGAGUGCCCAAGUGUUAAUACUGAGAUAUUUUCGGUUGCUUUGUUAGAAAAACAUUUAAAAUCGCUUACGGAAUUGAUUAAGAGGGAUAAAAAUCGUCCGAGUGUUGUUGCUUGGUCGAUAGCUAAUGAGCCGAGGACUCAACUUAUUAACGCAGGACCCUAUUUUAGGGAUGUUGCAACCCACGUUAAAUCUUUAGAUCAAUCGAGACCGAUUACAAUCGCAAUAGCUCAAGGCGUCUCAGUGGAUCAAUCGGCUGAGCAUUUAGAUAUAAUCGGAUUUAAUCGAUACAACGCUUGGUACCAAAACGGGGGGAGACUCGAUACCAUCACAAAUAAUGUUAUUGAAGAAGCUACCGGAUGGUUUGAAAAGCAUAAUAAGCCGGUUAUGAUGCUGGAAUAUGGGGCUGAUACAUUAGAGGGGUUACACAUUCACCCCAAUUUUAUUUGGUCUGAAGAAUACCAAGUGGAGUUGAUGUCGCAACAUUUUAAAGCGUUUGAUGUGCUGAGAGAAAAAGGAUUUUUUGUUGGAGAAUUUAUUUGGAAUUUUGCCGAUUUUAAAACGGCACAAACAUACACAAGAGUAGGUGGUAAUAAAAAAGGAAUUUUCACGAGAAAUCGACAACCGAAAGCGGGGGCCCACCAUUUGAGGAAACGAUAUCACAAAUUAGCUGAGGAACUUUACAAUGCUACUUUGCCGAAUGAUUUGUUUCAUUAUUUAGUUAGUAACAAUAAUAAUGAUAUUAAGGAUGAAUUAUAAUUAUAAGAUACACGAAACAUGCUUAAAACUCUUUAUUUCUAAUUCUAUUCAAAUUAGGUGAAUUUAAUUCUUUUUAUAAACCGUUUGCAUAAAAGCGUUAAAUGACA